AAAUAUGUGGAAGCACCGAAGCCCUGUUGCGGAGGUGGAGCGGAGUCCACCUUAAAGCGAGUGCUGGCACUCUGAGAGGGGAGUGCGAAGGAGAGAGGGUCAGAAAGAUUGGUGGGUGGAGAUAGAACCCUUUUGGGAGAGAGAGAGAGAGAGAGAAAAGAAAAAAACUAAAAAAGAGAAAAUCACGUGUUUUCAGAUCAAAGCAGAUCCGCUUUGUAGAAGAGGAGGAGGAAGAGGAGGGGGUGAGAAAGAAAGAGGGAGGGAAAGAUCGACAGAGGGAGGGAGCGCUCGCAGGCGGUGUAAUUGACAAGGCUUCAGAGCGGUGAAAUAAACACGCUUCGGCACAGGCGCAGCUUUUUUAUUGCACAACUCCCGACUCGUCCGACGCAUCGGCCGCAGCUCCCGAUUCAGUUCCCCUCAUCCCACCGAUUCAUCCGUGUGAAAUUAUGUCCCCAUCGGCGCAGAUCCAACCGGCAAGAUGAUGAUUAUCCCGGGGAGAGGUUUGGAUCGUGGAGCCGACUCGGUGGUCCUGGUGAUCGUGGUGGUCGCCGCAUCUCUCGGUACCGUUCUGGCCAAGGAUACUGCCUUUGUGGAAGUGGUUCUGUUCGAGUCCAGUCCCAAUGGGGAUUAUACGACUUACACGACCGGUUUGCAGGGACGGUUCUCCAGAGCAGGAGCCACGAUCAGCGCCGAGGGGGAGAUCGUACAAAUGCAUCCUUUGGGACUGUGUAACAAUAAUGAUGAGGAGGACCUUUAUGAAUACGGCUGGGUCGGAGUGGUGAAGCUGGAACAACCAGAGCUGGACCCCAGUUGUCUCACUGUGCUGGGAAAGGCGAAGCGAGCGGUGCAGAGGGGAGCCACCGCCGUCAUCUUCGAUGUGUCCGAGAAUCCAGAUGCCAUCGACCAGCUCAAUCAGGUUGGUGAGGAUCCCCUGAAGCGGCCGGUUGUGUACGUGAAGGGUAACGACGCUGUGAAGCUGAUGAACAUCGUCAACAAGCAAAAAGUGGCCCGUGCUCGGAUACAACACAGACCGCCGCGGCAGCCUACAGAAUAUUUCGACAUGGGCAUCUUCUUGGCUUUCUUUGUGGUGGUGUCACUGGUUUGCCUCAUUCUGCUCAUCAAGAUCAAGCUCAAGCAACGGAGAAGUCAGAGUUCAAUGAACAGAAUGGCCAUCCAGGCUCUGGAAAAGAUGGAGACGCGCAAGUUCAAGGCCAAAGGAAAGGGCCAACGUGAGAGCAGCUGUGGGGUGUCUGAUUCCCUGAGCAGCAGCUCCACCUCAGACUGUGCCAUCUGUCUGGAGAAGUACAUCGAUGGCGAGGAGUUGCGGGUCAUCCCCUGUGCUCACAGGUUUCAUAAGAAAUGUGUUGACCCAUGGCUGCUCCAGCAUCACACUUGUCCUCACUGUAGACAUAACAUCAUUGAACAAAAGAAAGGCAACCCAGGCCCGGCAUGUAUUGAUCCCAGCAGCACAGUCCAUGGCCGGCAGCAGAGGGUGGUGCUGCCGGUUCAUUAUCCUGGCAGGGUGCAUCGUGCUGGCCAGAUGACUGCUUAUCCAACUCGCACUAGCAUGGACCCCCAUGGCAAUCCCAUCACUAUGCUCACUGUGGACCAGCACCCAGAUCCUCAAGGUUUGUACCCGUCCCCGUCCACAUCUGCCUUCCUCCGGAGCUACCACCCUGCCCUCCAUCUGGACCACUCACUCAACCCACACCACUGUGGACUAGAACACCGGGGACCCCCUGCCUACCCAACGCAACCACAUCAUGCUGCAUUUAAACGAACCAAGUUCCACGGUCGCAACUUCUCACGAGCAGCCUGCUUCUCGCAGUACGAGACGAUGUACCAGCACUAUUAUUUUCAGGGGUUGACAUUCCCUCAGCAAAGUGAGGGGAGUCCAGGCCCUGCAGUGGCGGGGCAGCUUGGUGGGGGCGGGGCGAUUAAGGGCCACCACAGUCGGGCCUUCCAGCAGGGGCUGCUAUACCCCACAGUGGUACAUAUGGCGCCUGCCUCUACUUCGCGGAUAGGUGAUACUGGUAGCACCUCUGGCCUAAGUUGUUACCAUGGCCACCGCUCAGUGUGCAGCGGUUACUUGGCCGACUGUCCUGGAAGUGACAGCAGCAGCAGCAGCUCAGGCCAGUGCCACUGCUCCUCCAGUGACUCCAUGUUGGACUGUACUGAGGUCAGCAACCAAGGGGUGUACGGCAGCUGUUCUACCUUCCGCAGCUCACUGAGCAGUGACUAUGAUCCUUAUGUCUACCGGAGUAAGAGUCCAUGCAGGGGCUCUGCAGGUGAAGCUGGGGCCACGGCAUACACCACAGUACCUGCUGAGGACUCCUCGUCUUCAGCUCCUUUGGGACAUGACUGCCUCCAGCUCCCUCCUGGAGCUUCGGGAUAUAAUUCGGGGGACCACCUCUCCAACUGCAGCUUGGAGCCGAACUAUAGCAGUCGCUCAUCACUGGAACCCAGGGAGAACAAUAACACUAGCACUACCUCAGCCAGGGCUCAGGAGGCCUGUGGAGCAGACAGGAAAAAGGGGGAGCAAGGGCAGUCGGGGGAGCUCGGGCCUGCAGCCUGUAGCUUCUGCUUUGAUGUGCUUCCUCCGAAUGUGGAGUGCCAAGGGCAGGACUUAGACCAAGCUGGGCCUCUGGCCUCAGGACGCUGUCACAUGGGGGCAGACUUUCAGAGCUCCACAUUGAAGAACUACUUUGCUCCCGAGCACAUGUGCGCUUCCUCGGAGCAGGUGAGCUAUGAAGGGCUGCCUUGCUGUUUCUACAAAGAGAUGAAGGUCCACAGGGACUCGACAGGCCACUACACCGAGGACUAUGCAGUCAAUGUGCAGUACGCCGACUCGGAGCCCUGUUCUGGACAGGGCUGCUGCGAAUUCAACCAGAGAAUUCCCAUUAUUCCCGAGGACACGGACUGUGAAUUGGGCACAGGGACGGUGACUCAAAGUAGUUUAACGCCCUCCAGUGUGAGAACAGAAGCAGAGAUGCGGACAGAGGAUCAGCAUGAGCCCAGGGAAGGAUAUUUCACCUCAGGAUAUUUUAGAGGUCAACCAAACCCUCAGGAGGAAGAGAUGAAGACUUUCUUCCAUCCUCAGCUCUCUGCCAGCCCCAAUGCAUUAGGAAGUAGUACUGCAACAAACGAGGGAGGACUUAGUAUAUCAGCUUGAGCUUAAAAAAAAAGAAAAAAGAAAGGAUUUCGUCAAGUGUGUUCGGUACGGUACCAGUCAGUCGAUUAUCAAAACCCUGAGAUGCCUUGUAACUUUGCUCAGUGAGCUCUGAAUGUUAUCUUCUACUGAAACUGUUAUUUCUAGAUUCACAACCAUCACAUUCAUUCCUGUGUCAACAUUUGUUUCAGCACCAAACUAGGCUACCACAGCACCAAGACAAAGUUACACUACAAGUGUGGAUAGAGGUUAACUGAAAGUACAGUGGCCAAGAAA